CUAUCCCUCGUCAUAACAUUCAACGUCACAAAAUUAGCAUUAGCAACAAGCCAUCAGAUUUGAUAGAAUUGCUGCCAUACAAAGGGCAGGCAUAGGCUAGCUUGAACUGUCAUCCAAAUUUAGAGUUUGGAGGAAUCUUAAACCGUGACAAUGAAAUUCCUGUAUAAGGAGGAGCACCCAUUUGAGAAGAGAAGAUCGGAGGGGGAAAAGAUCAGGAAGAAGUACCCAGAUAGAGUGCCAGUGAUAGUGGAGAAAGCCCCUAAAGCCAGAAUUGGUGAUUUGGACAAGAAGAAAUAUCUUGUACCCUCUGAUCUUACAGUGGGACAGUUCUACUUCUUAAUACGGAAGAGGAUUCACCUGCGGGCAGAGGACGCCCUUUUCUUCUUUGUCAACAAUGUCAUUCCCCCCACCUCAGCCACCAUGGGACUACUUUACCAGGAACACCACGAAGAGGACUUCUUUCUUUACAUUGCCUACAGUGACGAGAGUGUCUACGGAAACAGCCAAACGAAAGUCUAGCUAACCACCUUUCAGCACAUCUGCAGUCUGACUCUGCAUCGUCACAAAGAUAAAUAAAAGCAAUUUAGUUGCCACCAGAUUAAUCUUUUAAUGCACUUUCAAACCCUCUUUCCCCUUUUAAAGCUAAAAUCCUUAAUUGAAACGAUAAAGCUACCAUCCCGCUUUUGUUUUGGUAAAAAGCGACGGGAUGGACCUGUGAAAAUGUAACCACUCUCAAAUUCAUAGACCGAGCUAUUGAUCCAAGGACUGACCAUGCAUGAUAUCAAAAUUAUAGUUAACAAUAUUUUGAGGCUAUACAGUAGUUCAAAACGUUGUUUACCAACAUUGGAGUAAAACAAGCUUCUAUUUUGGGUUCAACAGUUGAUCUAAGCUCAUGAGGCAUUUAUAAGUUAUAUUUUUCAAGAAUCAAUGGGUAUAUAUAAUUUAUUAUUCCCAAAACUGAUGUGACAACUACGGAUUCUAGCUUUAACAUUCAGACUACCAAAUCUACAUCUGUGUUCUUCUGUCAGUUGUUAUCCACAGCACAUUUUUGUUUGUUCGUUUCACCUCCCAAAUGGCUUAGGGAUAGUUUCUUGGACACAAUUCAAUCCUUGUCCAGAAUUAAAAACUAUAUAUAUUCUCUAUUGAACAUGUGUUUUAGUCUAGGAAUAGGCUUAGUCUAUGUCUGAGAAACAGGCCCUUAAUCUACCCGAUUACUCUGUUGCUAGCAAUAAUCUUUUUUAGUUUACUUGAAAGAUUAGCUUUUAGACCUACAGUAUAUCACACACCUCACAUUUUUGUAAAUAUUUGAGUAUAUCUUUGUGACGACACUGCUACAAUGUAAAGUAGUGAGUGUACAGCUUGUAUAACAGUGUACAUUUUCUGUCCCCUC